AUGCCGUCAGCCACUCUCGCAAAUUCCGACGACAAAGUCAAUAUCAAGAAGGCUGUCCCCCUCUCAUCUAACAAAAUCCUCAAUGCAACUGUUGCAAGAUUAUACGUCGCUCAUCCGGACCCAAACACUUGGACUUAUACAAACCUCAUGGGUGCUAUAGUCUUUGCCUUUGACCUCGGAAAGAAGUCGUUUUUCUUCAGACUCGUUGACUUAACAGCGAAUCGUGGAGUUAUAUGGGAACAAGAAUUAUACACGGAUUUCGUUUACAAUCAAGAACGCCCUUUCUUUCAUACUUUUUCGACCGAUAAAUAUCUGGCUGCAUUUUCUUUUGCCGAUGAAAAUGAGGCUGCUGUAUUUUAUAAGAAAGUCAUGAAUCGAGAAAAAAUCAUCAAAGCCAAAACACAAAAGCAAGGUAAUGCUGGUAUUUUUGGCGGAGGAAAGAAAACCAAGAAGGGUAAAAAGCGUGGAAAAAUCGAUAAAGCAGCGAUUGGUGCACCGACAGAUUUCAGACAUCUCGGACAUAUUGGCUGGAGUGCUGAAUCUGGUUUCGAUGUUCAGAACAUUGAUCCUUCGUGGAAAGAUUUAUUCGAUAAACUUGCUCAGCUAGGAGUUAGCCAGGAACUUAUUGCCAAGAACACUGGCUUCAUUAAAGAUCUUGUCGAGAAAAACGGCGGCAUGCCAAAGACCGGCAUGCCAAAGACCCCAUCUGCUCGACCAAAAAAGGCUGCAUCAUCGGCACCGGCGAAGACUCCUCCUUCACCCCCAGCUCGAAGAUCUGUAGUAGCUCCAGUGACAUCAUCGGACAACUCUGAUAGUGAACAUACUGUAAAAGUUGCAGUACCAACGCCGCCUCCGCCACCUCCGCUGCCUGCGAGUCGGAAUGUAUCACCAUCGGUAAAUCGUAAUAUAUUACCUCCACCACCUCCUGUCAAAGUACAAGCGGCCCCCCCGCCGCCUCCGCCUCCUCCAUCGAUAGUCCGCCCCUCUCCAUCUGUUAGUGCUCCCCCACCACCACCCUCAGCACAUCCAGCACCACCGCCGCCACCGCCAGCACCUCCAGCGGUUCGUCCAUCAACAACUUCUAGUGUUCCCCCGCCGCCACCACUUCCUCCGGCGCGCACAACAGCUGCUCCUCCACCGCCGCCACCACCACUUCCACCGGCACGUACACAACCAGUUAUUGGUAGUAAUCCACCCCCGCCUCCGCCUCCUCCCGCAAUGUCUUCUGCUGCUCCACGUGGAAUACCACCCUCUCAAGACGGUCGUGCAAAUCUUUUGGCAGCUAUUAGACAGACCGGUGGAACUGCCGGAGCUGGAUUGCGUUCGGUCGGUGAGCCUAGGUCUGCUCCAGUUACGUACGAUGAACCAGAGCCAAGUAGCCCCGGUGAAGAUAGCAACGAUCUAGCCAAAAUUAUCGCGAAUGCACUUAUUAGUCGUUCCUCUGCUAUUCAACACGAUUCGG